AUGGAGACCAAGAUAGAGGUCUUGUUCGAGGAAGUCUUCAAGAUCCUGCCACAAGCUUGGCCGCCUCAGGAUGAAGACGAGGACGAAGACGUCGGGCAGCAAGGUUCGGGUCACUGCAGCGUGAGUUCCACGCCGAGGAAGACGACCAGCGUCCAGGAUGUCUUCAACAACUCCUCCUUCAAGCACAUUCGCACAACCAGCAUGCGCAAUGCCGAUUCCUGCAGCUUGCCUGUGACGCUCCACAACUUGCAUGGGACGAAGAGUUGGAGUUUGGACCAUCUUGACACAGCCAGGCGCGCGGCGCGCUUUUUCAAUGCCCGAAGGGCAUGGAAAGUCAAACCCUCGAGCAAACGGUUUGUUCUGCCAGCUAUGGCUGGCAUCGUACGUCGAAGCCCUGAAGGGGCCUGCGCUGUGCAAUCUGUUCUACACCAGUUUGGCAGGCUGUUGGAGCCAGGUGCACGGUGUGUCUCUGUUCCGACUGAUGACGGCUUUUCAGCCGGGGAUGGCUCGAACCAGCCUGCACAAGUUGUACUUUAUCGUCAGAAGAUCUUCGAAGCCCGACCGCCACGGCUCGGAACUCAAGUGCUCACCGAGACACCCAAAUUUGAUUGUACAGAAGUCGAAGGGAAGAGCUCUUGGUGCUUCUCUUCUGCGCCUGGCCAAGCAUUGUCAGUCUGCUGA